GCUCGCUGCCGCCGUCGUUCUGCCUGCCCCCGCUGGUGUCGCUGGCGCAGUCUCUCGAGCACCACGCGCUCGCGCAGGGAGGGGCCGGCGCGGGCGCCAGCGCGGCGGAGUCGCUCUGCAGCGCGGGCGGCGGCAGCCUCUUCUCGAGCCGGCAGAUCUCCGUGGACUCGUUCGGCGGCGAGGCGCUCUCGUCCGACGGCCGCGGCAGCGCCGCUGCCGAGACGCCCGCGGACCUGUGGCCCCGGACGCCCGACUACUGGGGCAGCCCGCUGACCACCUACCAGCCAGUGCCACCCGCGCGCGUCCCCACGCCCCGCGGCGGCGCCAGCCCGGCCACACACCGGCAGGCUGUGCGGCCGCCGACGCCGAGGGGCUCGCUUCCGCCAACUCGGUUCGCGACGGCGCCUGACGUGGCAGGCACAGGCUUCCAGAGCGGAUGCGCCCAGGUGGUCUACGUGCCGGUCCUGGUUCCGCUCAG